AUGGCACCGCGUGCUGAUCCAAGCCAGAAAGUUCUAUUGAAUCUUCGUGUUGUUGGUGGCGAGCCUGCUGGCUCUUCGCUUGCCCAGAAGGUCGGACCAUUGGGUCUACCUGCCAAAAAGGUCUCUGAGGAUAUUGCAAAGGCCACAUUGGAAUAUAAGGGUCUUCGUGUAGGUGUAAGACUUACCAUUCAGAACCGUCAAGCUUCAAUAGAGGUUAUUCCUUCUUCUGCCACCAUGAUCAUCAAAGGACUCAAGGAGCCCGCCCGUGACCGAAAGAAAGAGAAGAAUAUCAAGCACCACGGAAACCUUACUUUUGACCAAAUAAUUUCAAUUGCUCGCAGCACUCGUCCAAGGUCUCUAGCCAAGUCUAUUUCAGGCACUGUCUGCGAGAUCCUUGGAACCUGCUCCUCCAUGGGAUGCUCAAUCGAUGGAAUCAGUCCACGUGCCAUGAUUGAAAAAAUUUCUGAAGGCGAGAUCGAAGUUCCCGCUAAUUAA